AUGAGCCUCUCCGACUCCUGCACCGAGAAGAACUUUACCCAUAGGAGGUCUGGCUUCUUAGCAGACUCUCCAAUCUCGAUCGCUUCCUUGGCAGCCAGUCCUGUUAGUUCUUGUGAUACUUUGUCGGUUCAAGGAGCGGAAGAGCUCGACGCCAACCCUGGUCUGGAUCCCAAUUCCAGCGUUACAACCCCCAGCAGUUCAUCUUCGCAUGUUGCGGGAGGCACAGCCCUAAUCCCUUCUGCUGAUAACGGAGACCGCAUUCGAGCGCUCAUGGCCAAAUACGAGCAGGUAAUGAGCGGCGACGCUGCUCAGACUCAGGAUGUCAGCUCCGACAUUCUAGCCAAUCAAGGGAGACACAGUGCGAGUCUUCCCGAUUCCGACGGACACGGCAACCGAAUCGAUGAAAAGCCCACGAAAACGGACGCACCGCAUAGGAACCCCACGUCGCGGGGUUCUCGACAUGAGAAAAAGGGUCGCUCUAGAGCGCGAAGGCGCGUGCAGAAGGGCGCGUUAGUGAGCCGCCGCCAGGCCUACGCCUUUGAGCGUCUGGGAGGGGCACGACAGGCGACGGGUGGCAUUAUCGAGUGUCAAGUUUAUUGGGAGCCCACCUGGCUGCCAAUCGAGCACCUGCAAGGAAAUGACGCUAUUCAGGAAGCGAAAGACUUGGUUGUCGCUUUAUUUGGCUCAGAUACGUGGCACAAGGAGGCAGGAAAGCUAGGGUUGAUCUACGAGCAUGACCGAGAGUAA